AUGACAGAUUUAGGAGAAAGUCAGGAUUACACAGAUAAAUCAGAAGAAAGCACAGAUACAGAAGAAAAUACCACUGAAUUAAUUAAAUCCUUCUCUGAUUUUAAAGACAUUCCCAAAAUGACUUCUAUAGAAGAAAAAACUAAGUUCAUCUCUAUGUGUUCCAACAUCAUCAGAGAAAAUUUCGAUGGUAAUCCCCUUAGUCUAAAUUCUUUCAUUGAUAAAAUAAAUUUAAUUGAAGAGCUUACAGUACCAGAUUUGUCAAAUUGCCUUAUUUCUUUUAUAAAAUCUAAACUAGAUGGAAAAGCAAGAGAAAUUUUGCCAGAGAACAUAACAAGUAUUGACCAAAUCAAAAACACACUUAAAAAUAGGAUCAGACCCGAUAAUUCCAAAGUUGUUGCCGGUAGAAUUGCGGCAUUACAAGUAAAGAACAAUAAUUAUACAGAUUUUUCAAAAAAUAUAGAAGAUUUAGCAGAUGCGUUGCAACGUUCCCUUGUAAUAGAAGGCAUAACGACAGAAAAGGCUCAGGAAAUGGUAAUAGAACAGACAGUCUCAAUAUGUAGGAAUAAUGCUAAGUCGGAUAUGGUUAAAGCUAUUCUAGCAUCUACGGUUUUUAAAGAACCAAAAGAUGUAGUUGCGAAGCUAAUUAUCGAGGAAUCUACAAAUCAAAAAGAAUACCAGGUUUUAGCAAUAGGUCAUAGGAACACAAAGUCAUUUAUUCGAAGCAAUCAAAAUAAUACUUACAAUAAAAAUAAUGGUUAUCGUGGUCAGAAUAAUUCAUAUGGUCGGAAUAAGGCGUAUCGUGGUCAAAAUAAUUCUCAUUAUAAUCGGAAUAAUUCAUAUUAUAAUCAGAAUAAUAACAAUAAUUUAAAUAAAUACAACAAUUUUCGAGGACGAAACUUUAAUAAUCGUGGUAAAUAUCAUAACAAUUCAGGUAAUCAGGGAGCUUUUGUGCGGACUUUAAACGCGCAGGCCCCUCAGCACGAGGUGUUGAGGGAGGAGGAAGGUCAAAUGUAA